UGAACUAAACCAAGAGCAUCAUACUAACACAAGAAAUGUUAAAUGUGAAUGUCUUUUUCAAAGGAGAAACAGGAUGAGAUCACCAGCAAACUUGCAGACCUUCAUCUUGAAAAAUAUAACUUCCCUGUGGAGAUUAUGAUCUGCCUGCCCAAUGGCACUGUGGUUCACCACAUCAACGCCAACUAUUUCCUGGACAUUACUUCUAUGAAGCCUGAAGAAGUUGAGAGCAGCAUCUUUAGUUUCGCCUCUGGUUUUGAAGACCCCUCCACAGCAACCUAUCUCCAGUUUUUGAAGGAAGGACUUCAGAAAGCCAAAUCCUAUCUGUAGCCCCCAAGACCCAGAAGCAAAGGAGUGUCCUCCCUUGAUCCAACACCAUAAUGACAGUUCUUGCUUCUUGUGGUUUUUGGAGCUCAGGACUAACACAGUAUUGAAAAACAAAUGCUGUAUGUUAAAUGAAAACUCUCCAAACCAGUAAGUGUUCCUUGGAAAUACGAAGUCUGAAAUUACCUGAAUAAUGUGAAGGAAGCUGCCCGAAUAUCUUCCUUAGUGGUAAAUGGUGGGAAUAUUCUGCAACUAGACAGGCUACAGGAGACAGAGUUUGGGAGACAAUAUAGUGCAAAGGGAUGCGGUGGCUCAGUGGCUAAGACGCUGAGCUUGUCAAUCAGAAAGGUCAGCAAUUCAGCAAUUCGAAUCUCUAGCGUCACGUAACAGAGUGACUUCCCGUUACUUGUCCCAGCUUCUGCCAACCUAGCAGUUCGAAAGCACGUAAAUAUGCAAGUAGAAAAAAUAG